AGAGAUUAAAAAUAUGUGAAGUUGGAAGUUGGAAGUUGGGAACCCCAUCAUCAUAAUUGUCAUCCCAUGGCUUUCUCUGCAACCUUGUUACAGUUACAGAGCUCCUUUUCAUACACAGCCUCUUCCACCCAGACCCUUGUGAGAAGAAAACCUCUAGCUCUAGCUCUAGGUCUAAUUAAUCCUCUUCGUUUAGGGGUAAUAAGAGCCCUCAAAUCCACAGAAGAAGCCGAGAAUGAGAAGCCUGCACAGUCCAUGAACACGACCCAAUCCCAAGACUCCUCUUCCUCCUCUUCCUCCAAACCUUCAACCACAACUUCUACUCUCAAAAAGAAGAAACCCCAAUACUCCAUGAAGAAAGGUCAGAUUGUGAGAGUGGACAAGGACAAGUAUCUCAAUAGCAUCAAUUAUUUAUCUGUUGGGCAUCCACCUUACUACAAAGGCUUGGAUUACAUAUACGAAGACCGCGGGGAGGUAUUGGAUUUACGUAUCUUUGAGACAGGAGAAUAUGCACUUUCUGACAGGCUCAAUUAUGAGAGAAUGUAACUAAGGAGCUUAUUCUUCCUCCUCCUCCUCCUCCUACACAUUCAAACAUCAGACCCCAUCAAGUCCAUUUCUUUUCUCAGGAUUCUUAAUUUCCAUUAUUCUUGCCAUGGAUUGGUUGCUGCUUCUAUCGUAUCAAAAUGUUAUAUAUCAAUUUAACUUAGCCUUCUCGAUUAUUAUUAAAAUUACGAUUGCCAUUACAUGGUACAUGGUGCAUGGCUGACAAAUGCUAUUUUCUUCUUUUCAA